AUGACGGAGACGGAUAAUGAGCGGAAGACGGUCGGAUCAAAGGCAGAAGAACUAGGCAUCAGGCGCGAGAAAGCCGCUGAGUUCUUGGCAAGCCAUGGAGCUGAGGAUUGCAUCUUCACUUACGAGGAAGAAAAGGCGGUUCUACGUCGGAUUGACAAGCGUGUUCUCGUUCUCAUCUUGUGGGCAUAUUUCUUCCAGCAGCUUGACAAAAGCUCUCUGAGCUAUGUGUCAAUCUUCGGGAUAACUGAUGAUGCCCACCUGGUGGGCCGCCAAUACUCUUGGCUCGGGUCGAUACUCUACCUCGCUCAGCUGGUCAUGCAACCCCUAGCUGCGCUGAUCCUCGUCAAGCUACCAACUGGCAAAGUCCUCGCGGCUGCCAUCUUUCUCUGGGGCUCAGCGCUCUCCAUCAUGACUGCUUGCACCAAUUUCCCGUCGCUCCUAGGAUUGCGUUUCAUGCUGGGCUCGUUCGAAUCCAUGAUUGCGCCCUGCUGCGUGGCUAUCACACAGAUGUGGUGGCGUCGAAGCGAGCAGACGCUACGGACAAGCUAUUGGAACGCUAUGAAUGGCCUGACGUCCGUCUUCGGCAGUCUCAUUACAUAUGGGCUUGGACACAUCCACAGUACGGCCUUGUACCGAUAUCAAACGAUUUUCCUCUUCUGCGGGUUACUAACGGUGCUGUAUUCUGUGGUCGUCCUUAUCUUAAUGCCUGACUCGCCAAUGGAAGCCAAGUAUUUAACAGAGCGGGAGAGACUGAUCGCCACAGAGCGACUGCGGGCAAACCAAAUGGGAAUCGCUGCGAGACAUUGGCGCUGGGAUCACGUCAUUGAGGUCAUGUUGGAUCUCAAGACCUGGUGCUGGUUCGUCGCCAUCAUUGCCAUUUCCAUAUCGAGCGGCGGUAUCUCGACCUUCGGGUCACUGAUCGUGAAGUCCUUUGGAUUCAAUAGCUUUCAGACGAUUCUAUUUAACAUCCCAUUCGGAGUUGUUCAAAUCGUCUCAAUCCUCGGCACAGGAUGGUUGGCCACUUGGACGCAGCGAAAAGGGUUGGUCAUUGCUGGAAUCAGUGUGCUGCCCACCGUUGGAACAAUUAUGAUGCUCACUGUCCCGCGGGAUCAAAAAGGUGUGUCAACAUUGGCGGCCAUUACUCCUCUAAUCUAUGCAUGGCAAGCCCAGAAUACUGCAGGUGACACGAAAAAGAAAUGCACCUCUGGCAUGGUUUUCAUAGGGAUGUGCACUGGCAACGUCAUCGGACCACUCCUCUACUCAACCGAUGACGCUCCCCUGUACCGAACGGGUCUAAUUGCUAACCUCGCCAUGUUUGUUACGGUCGGCAUCGUCUCGGCUCUCAUUCCAUUCUAUCUCAUGCAUCUCAAUAAGCAGCAUGAGAAGCGACGUCUAGAACUGGGCAAGACUGGCCAAGUUACCGAUAUGUCAAUGAUGCGCAAGACACAACUCCAGGAAAGCAAGGCGGUCACGCUCGAGGAAGACAUUGACAACCGUCAGAUCUCGGUGGAGGAGGACAAUGGCUUGCAGGACAUGACGGAUCUGAAAAAUGAAGACUUCAUCUAUGUUUAUUAG